UCACAAUCAUUGUUUGUAUACAAAGAACUUGUUAUCUGAUUAUCCAUCCCGAGUCGAGGGAAAACGCCACAUUGUGAGUGUAUUUAAAGAGUAUCCAAUCUCCAGCGAAGAUGCCUUUUUCACGCGAUACCACCGGCAGCCGGCAGGUUUUGCGUGCUUUCGCCCGGCGAUUAUCCGAACUCGUAAGCAUGGCGCAAGCCGACGACGGGCAGAGUAGCCGACGACCUUUAAAGGUCGUGAUCAUCGGUGCCGGUGCGUCGGGAUUGUGUGCCCUGCGACAUUUUGCCAACGAUCCAAGAUAUGAUUGCGUCGCGUACGAGCAAUCACCGGCCAUCGGUGGGAUUUGGAACUAUCCGGAAGGAUGCGAGGAACACCCCAAUGCUCCCCCAACAUCGCCGUACUACUGUCGCACGUAUCGCGACUUAAUGACAAAUUCCCCCACUGCACUAACCCACUUUCCCGAUUAUCCGAUGCCACCAGACACUCCAAAUUUCGUACAUCGGGAAGUUGUGGUGCGCUACCUAAACGAAUACUGCGACCAUUUUGAUAUCCGGAGCUGGAUAAAGCUUCGCCAUCAAGUUAUCCGUAUUGAACCUGUGGAAAAUCUUAAAGAUCCAAACUGGCCGAAAUUCCAUGUCACCUCAAUGGAUUUAGAGACUGAAAAGACUGAACAAGUUGUGGCAGACAUUCUCUUGAUAUGCAACGGGCAUAAUGGAAAGCCCAAUAUUCCGCUCCUGCAUAAUAUCGAACAGUUCAGAGGAUCGGUCAUCCAUAGUGCGGAAUACCGAGUACCGGAAGUCUACCAGAACAAAAAUGUGGCCAUUAUCGGAGGAAUGGUUUCUGCUAAUGAUAUCGCUUGUGCGCUGCUACCAGUUGCUAAAAAGAUCAUACUGUGUCGACGUGUUUUUCAAGAAGUUUACAGAAAGAAAUUUUUGCAUGUGUUGGAAACCACAUCGGCCGUGACUUUUGGAUCAGACCACAUCAUUCUGGAGGAUGGCACGAAAGAGAACAUCGAUGCAGUUAUCCUAGCCACUGGAUUUGACUACGAUUUCCCAUUUUUGACACCGGAAUGCCGAACGGAGAUUCUGCGUGGACGUGUUAAACCGUUGUACCGACAUUUAAUCCAUUGUGAGUUUCAUUCGAUGGCUUUCGUUGGCCUGUUCAACGUGGUUCCCUUUCUUGCCGCCGGUGCCGAUCCGCAGAUCCAGUACUACAAAGCUGUCGUAGAAAGAACGGUUAAACUUCCUCCAGUCCCGAAAAUGUUUGCCGAAGUGGACGAAGAGUUCAGUCAACGUUUGGCCAAGGGUUUCAAACCGCACUGGGCCCAUAAAAUGAUCAAUCAGGUUUGGCCGUACAUUGACACACUGGCUAAAGAAGCCGGUUUCCCCACCCACAAAGCCGGUUUUCCCGCCAUGUACAAAGAUAACGUGGAGUGCAUUCUCAAGGCACCGUGGGAGUACCGCGACAUGGUCGAAGAACGAAUCGCGGCCGAGCGAGAACGAGCCAAUCGCGAAGGUCGCCGAUUUUCCCAGAUUUACGGCAUCCCCAAUAGCGAACCCCUGGAAGCGAAAAAUGCCGAACUGGGCCGAGGCGGAUCAAAAAUUCCGGACAUGUCGAGCGUACCGGAUGGACGUAGAAUGUCAAAACCACAGAUACCAACCGGCGAACGACGACCUUCCCUUAUGCAGGUUAAUGAAUAGAAAAGCAGUUUUAUGCUGGGGUCAUCGAGUGGGGGAUGCAGUUAGAAACGUUGUGGUUAUCGGACUGAGCAAUAUCCAUUAUGUUAUGCUUAUUCAAUGAAUAAUCGAUAUCUUUCAUUAUUUGCUUUGCUGGGUGUUAUUAAUUUUGUCAAUGUUCUUGCACUGAAAUUUUUAACAAUGUAGGUGCACAUAUCAUUCGCUUUUUAGCUAGGGUGUUAAAUAAGAUCCAUUAAACUUGAUUAUUCGUUA